AUGAGUGCCAUCAGCAAUUCAGACUACACCGAUUUAGGUUUGCAGCUGAAGAAAACACCUUUCAUUGAAGGAAAGGAUGGUCACUUAUACGAGGCAAGCAAGUUCUACAGUCCUCACGAGCCUGUUUUCAAAGUUAUGUGUUCACCAGAUGCUUUCCCACCUGCGCCAUACUCUAAUCGUGACUGGAAAAACUUCAUGGAAAGUGUUGGUAUGAUAUCUCUCAUAACAGUUGACAUGUUCAUUGAUUUUGCCAAGAAGCUGGCAAAAGAAGGAAGAAAUAAAAUAACACAACACGUAGAGAAUGCCUCCAUGACACUGUUAAUGUGUUUAUUCGACAAAAUGGAUUUAGGAUCAGGAGACUUAUUGUCCAUAGUGAAGGACAUACCGUUCGUAAUGCCGUCAACAUGGAGACGAGAUGAAGCCAGCAAAGCCCUCACCAACAUAACACCUGCCUUCUGUCCUGAGCGCCUGGUCUCCUUCAGUGAAAGUUGCCGGGAAUCACAUCUCUACCUCGUCUGGAGCAGCAGCGCCAUUUUAAAUCCAAAAGCUGACCCUUAUAAAUUACUUGAUAUUACAGACCAGGAACUGAUAGGAUCCCAGCUCGGCAUUCAAAAAGGUGCCCCGGCUUCUAAGGUUGUCCAGCACCUAAAGAACAUCUGUGACGUCUUGACUGGUCAGGAAUCACAACAAGCAAUCCAGACAUUAAGGACAGACACCAACCUUAUAAGAAAGGUAAUGAAGAAGUUGUAUAAAUACCUUUCAUGUGUUACAGAAGAAAUAUACAUUGAAGUCCUGAAAUCAUUGCCAAUCGUCUACCACAUCGAGUCAAACCGAAUGCUACACACAGAGAAUGUGGUUAUUGAAAUCACCAAAGACAACGAAAUCGACGGCUUCCUGAUGAAGGCUCCACACAAGUUCGGAGACUUCUUUAAUCUCUUCAAAAGACUUGGUGUUGCUGAACACGUGACAGCUGAUCACUAUGCCAGAGUCUUGCAAGGACUGAAAACAUGUGCAGGAGAGAAGCAGUUACACGUCGAAGAAAUGAAGAAAGUGGCGCAAGCUGUGAAAGGACUUUUCUCAUGCUUGAACUUAAAUUCACAGAAUGAAAGCAGCCUUCUAGCUGAAGACCUGUAUCUACCUUCUGAAGAAGGAGUACUCAGAAAAUCAUCAGAACUGAUUUUUGUCGAUGACUUCAUCUUGCAUUCUCGUCUGAAAGCACUACCACCCAAUAAAUCUUUUUUCAUUGGUUUUCAAAAGCUGGAGAUCUACAAUUUUUCGAGAAUGAAUAUUAAACAGCUUCCGGAUAAAUACGGUAUGUCACUGCUAACAUCAGUUGUAAAAGAAACAGUACCGGACUGCUUGAGAAGUCAAGCUGUCGAUUCGAAAAUGUCCAGAGACCUGGCUGCCAAUAUGACUCACCCUACAGUCAUUGAAGCUGUGGCCCGUGUCAUGUACCACUCGUCUCAAGAACGAAAUAUUCCUUUUCCCGAGAACCCCAUCGAGACAAUAGCUGAGAAGCUCUCACACAUUUCCGUCAGGGAAAUAUCAGGACUAGAGACAGUUCUUAUGGUAAAUGAUCAGGUCGUUCCAAAAAGUAAGCAGAAGACCUCAGAGUUUGUUUGUAAAAAUGAGGAUGAUCAGAAGAAAUGCCUAGUUUAUAUUGACACAAAUAUUCUCAGAUUAAGAGGUGAGACUGACAUGAAAGUUUUUAAUUCCGCCAUAGUGGCUGCCAUGGUAUUUGUGCUUGAAUUUGAAUCUGUAUGGCUUAAGCUCAUAGUUGACGAUGUAAGACUUGCUCAACAAUCAAUGGAUAAAAACAGAGUUUUGCCACUGGAUUUAAGCAUGAGAGAUAAUCGUUCUGUCAUUCCACCGGCAGGCGACUUUGUACCGGUUUCUCAUCAUUGCUACCUGGACAACAGUUUUUAUUAUUUCAGAGAAGGAGAGCAUGUUGGUUUUGAGGUGUAUGACCCUUGCGAGGACGAAGAGGAUCUUGAGGACACAGCUCCUGUCUAUAUCUAUGGGAUAAUUGUGCAGGAAAUUGGGGGAGACGGACAGGUCGACACCAACUUGCUAUCCAAAAAAUAUCUGGUAGACCUGGGCCCAGAAAGAGGCCAGAUUGAGAUAACUGCCACCCGAUUAUAUAAAUUUAUCCGCAGAAGCUGCGAAAGCAUGUCCUUCGAUCUUGUUCAGUACAGUGGGGUAAGAAAUGAGACCCCGGAAUGUGUUGAGGAACAGUCCGUGCAUCAAGACCUUAAGACAGUGCUGAGGGAAAUACGCCGUUUGCUGAUAGAGGCAUCUCUACUGCCAGAAUCUGAACGCAGGAGGGUGCACAAACGAUUAAUCUUAAAAUGGCACCCGGAUAAAAAUCCUGGCAAUGAAACAUUUUGUACGGAGGUAAUGAAGGCUCUUAAUCGCUACCUGGACCUCAUAAGACAGGGCAAAGUCCUGCCUGCUGACGAGGAUGAUGACUACGACAACAAAGAAAAAACUUUUCACAGCCGAUCCUCUCCGCCAACGUUCUCGUCACCUUUCUUUGACUACAUGUACAGAAGAGGAACAAGACAUAGGAGAGACUUUGAUUGUCACAAAGAAGAGUUUAAUACACGCUUUAGUAGCGGACAGUACAAGAAAAGAUCACACAGUCAGUCAUUUUCUGAGUCCGCAUACCAAGGAGGACCU